UACUACAAUUCAGGAGACAUCCAUGGUCAAUACAACGACUUGCUUCGUCUUUUUGAAUACGGUGGUUUUCCUCCUGAAGCCAAUUAUCUGUUCCUCGGGGACUAUGUUGAUAGAGGGAAGCAAAGUCUCGAGACAAUUUGUCUCCUGCUCGCGUACAAGGUGAAAUAUCCUGAAAAUUUUCUUCUUGCUAAGAGGAAAUCACGACUUUGGAAGACGAUUGACCUGAUUGCUUCAAGCUGCCUUCCAUGCGGUCUUAUGCAUGAAAAAAUUUUCUGUUGUCAUGGUGGUCUUUCUCCCGAUCUACAAAAUAUGGAGCAGAUACGACGCGUCAUGCGACCAACUGAUGUCUUUUUAUGUGAUUUGCUGUGGUCUGACCCUGAUAAGGAUGUCACGGGAUGGGGCGAAAAUGAUCGUGGAGUGUCGUUCACGUUUGGCCCAGACGUGGUGGAAGACGGAUAUGAAUUCUUUGCCAAACGGCAGUUGGUGACGCUGUUCUCCGCACCCAAUUACUGCGGAGAAUUCGAUAAUGCAGGCGGUAUGAUGAGUGUGGAUGAGAGACGUUUGAUGUGCAGCUUCCAGAUUUUGAAGCCGUCCGAGAAAAAAGCGAAAUAUCAGUACGCUGGUUUGAACAGUGGACGGCCAGCAGUGGGUGGAGCUAGACCCGUGGGAAAGAAAUAA